ACUGCAAGCCGCUUUGAUCACAAAAUAAUAGUUAAGGGAUAAGAUGCGACUGAGACUGAUAAUAAUUGCUGCACGUGCAAAUGGGUCAGGUGCAUGGUCGCGUGACUUUGUACAAUAUAAUAAACAAGAAUUCCAUAAACAGAAGUGUUCUGGAACCCUUCCAAUUACAAUACCACUAUAAUUUCUAUAAUUAACCAGUGGAAAUCUCAUUACCUAAAGUGGAAACAAUGGCCGGGAUAUAGCAAUGGGUGUAUCUAAUCGAAAUAGAAAUUACAGUAAUCCCAUUACUAAUAAUACAGAACUGUUAUUCCCAUUAGACAAUGAUGAUAAUCCAUUAUUUAGUAUAACAUCAGCAUCUAAUCAACAUAAUGAACAUAGUGAUAAGGUACAUGAAUUAAAAGUGGCUCAAAUUCAAAGACUUAUACAACUUAAGUAUAGAAAUGAUCCAAUCAAAUUAAUUAAACAAUUAUCAUAUGAAUUAUCUAAGAAAGAAUCGGAAUUAGUAUUAAUUCAACAACAGAAUUUUAUAAAACAACAGAAAUUAAUUCGGUUAUGUAUUGAAUUUAGUAAUUUAUCUACGUUAGAGAUCAAUCAGCGAUUGAAUGAAAUGGAUAAAGAUAAUGAAGGUAAUGCAGUAUCUUUAAAUCGUCCUCAACCUAUAAUCGAUGAUAAUAAUAAUAAUAAUAAUAAUAAUAAUGAUCACAAUGAUAAUCAUAAUGAUCACAAUGAUGAUACGAUAACUAAUAAUCAUAAUACUAAGAAUGUAUCGAGUGUAUCGUCACUAAAAUCGAUCACAACAAUUCAUGAACAUGAUCUUCUUGCGCCAACUUUGGGUAGUACACAUUCACAAUUGCCCAUAAUAAAUCAAACUAUACAUCACCAUAGUCAAUCAAGUCCAUCACCCAUAUCUUCUAAUUGGUUGACUAAAUGGUUUAAUAAUUCAACUGAUGAUUUAUCAUCAUCAUUACCCCAUUUGAAACGGUCAUCAUCAACACCUCCAAUUAAUGGUAAUGAAAAUACUACUUUGAAUUCUCAUACUAAUGUAAAAGUACCGGUUGAAUUAGAAAGUAUGUCACGAUCUGAUACUUCAGUUUUAUCAGAAUCAGAACCAAAUCCUUCAUUGGCAAUUAAUAUUGAUAAGUAUGGAUUUUUCAAUGAUUUAAAUAAUAUUACCACCACUACAACAACAAUUUCUUCAACCCCUCCACCAGUUACCCAAUCACCACCGCAAUCUUCAGAUGAAUCAUCUAAUAGCUUAUCCAAUAGUAUAGCCAUUUUAAUUCAAAAUAAGAAUCCCAUAAAUCAGACCAUUAAUCAUUUACGACAAAUAUCCAAAACUCAUGAUAUAACCAAUCAACAAAUUGAGAAUGAAUGGGAUUUAUUAAUAAGAGAUAUUAAUCGAGAAUUUUAUCGACGUCAACAACAACAACAAGAACAACUUCAACUUCAACAAUUUCAACAAUCUAAUAAUGAAGAUUCUAAAUUCUUUAGAAGUAUUAAUAAAAUUAAAAAUAGAGUUAUUGGAUCAAAUACCGAAGAUUUAGAAAUGUAUGGAUUAAUGGGAUUAAAUCUUGUAAAACAUGAUGAAACAAAUUAUAUUAAAUUAUUAGGAUUAAUUCAUAAAUCAGGAAUUUUAAUUAAAUAUAGAAAUCAAUUAUGGUAUGAAUUUUCUAACGGGAAAAAUCUUUGUGUAAAUGGAGAAUAUCAAGAAUUAUUAAAUAGAUCAAAGACAAAAUCUGAAAUUGAAAAUGAUUUAAUUAUUCUGAAAAAUAUUGAACAAAUUAAUCUUGAUCUUCAUAGAACUUUACCAAGUAAUUAUUAUUUUAAUAAUUUAAUUGAAUUAAAACCAGGACCAAAUUUUUAUAAAUUACAACGUAUAUUAUAUGCAUUUAUAGUUUAUAAACCUGAAAUUGGUUAUUAUCAAGGGAUGAAUAAACUUGUGGCUAAUUUAUUAUUACUUGUAAAUCAACCAAAUUCUACUACAAUUCUUUUAAAGGAAGAAGAUAUAUUUUGGAUAUUUAUUGGAAUUAUUGAAGAAAUAUUACCACGAUAUUAUAAUCCAAUUGAAAAGAAAUAUGAAUUAUUUUAUCAAUCAUUUAGUUCAAUUCAAAUUGAUUUAAAAAUUGUUAAUCAUAUAUAUAUAAAGAAAUAUCUUUCAAAAUUAUAUGGAUUAUUUGAUAAAUUAAAUGUUGAUGUUGAAAUAAUUAUUCUUAAUUGGUGGUUAAGUUUAUUUAUUGAUUUAAAUUUUUUGGAUUUAGAUGUUUGGUUUAAAAUAUUCGAUGUAUUAUUAAUUCAUGAUGAUUGGGAUGUUACUCCUGAUACUUCAUCAACAGUAGCAGUAACAACAACCUCAACUUCAACUUCAACUUCAUCUUCAAUACCAGAACCUAUCUCUGCUGAUGAUAACAAUCAACUGUCAAGUUCAAUUGAAGUGUUACCUAAUGUAAUUAAAUUCUUUGCCUUGACAUUAUCAAUGCUUAAGAUCCUUGAGAAUUAUUUGUUAGCAUUAAAUGAUCAUGAUUUAAUCUAUAAAUAUUUAAGUUAUACCAGUUCUACUGAUAAUAAUAAUAUAUCAACUUUAGAUAAGUUUAAGAUAAAAUAUUCAGAAUUAAUUAAAUCUUAUCAAUAUUUUACAAAGAGGAUAUCCAAAGUUGAUGUAAGUAAUUAUCGGAAACACAAGUUAAAAAUAAAUUAAAUUCAAGUAAAGUAAAGU